GUCAGUCAAAGAGAAGAACUGAGAGUGAAGGUUGGCGUACGGCAAAUGGAGGAUCACAGGAUUUAAGACACCUCUAAACUGUUGAAUUUUACCAACUUCCAAUAUGUUGCUUGCAUUUUGGUGUAUUCCGUUCCAUCAGUUCUAAUGUAUCGUAGUGCAGAGUCUUUUGAAUGCUGUGAAUGAGCGAUUGAAGUACCAGCUCGAGCUGCUGCAGAUUGCAGAAAUAGCAACGUUUGGUCUAGGACUUAGGAAAGAAUAGCAGAUGGGGAAACAAAUCAACACAUAUCUCUGCCUUUGGAAUGAAUUAUCUGUGCUUUUCCUGCUCAGAAUCUGAUCUGUUAUUGUACUCACAAGAUCAGUGGCAUUUACAUGCAUAGCAGCUGAAGAGAAUAAUUAAUACUCGGGACUGGUUGGAUAACUGGUUUUGUAUAUUCACUGCAUCUCUCCUGCAAGGACGCUGGAGUAAGUAGAACCAUUUCAAGCCUUUUUAUCAUCAUUUAUCAAACCUGUAAUAUAUAUCUAUCUAUCUAUACAAUUAUACUUGUGAAUCAAAAUGCUUUGUUGAGCAAGAUGCCAAAAUGCCUGACUCACAGCUAAGAUGUUUACAACUCUGAGCUCAUUCUGAUGAAGGCAAAAUACACAAUAUAUUAUAUUUUGUGAAUGGUGACUCCACAUUGUAACUUGCCUCUGAAGCAUCUAUUGUUUUUCUUUUUCUUUUUUUUUUUUAAUCGCUUGGCAAUGAAGUGUUAUUCACAAGCUCUUUAACGUUUCUUCUCUAGAACAAGCAGUAGUCACUGCGGCUCUUGCUUUAAUGUGGAGUCCAUUGGGGAUUUGCAGCUAUUGAUUUGCUUAUGUUCAUCAUUCACAAUAAUCUUGCCGAAAUUCCCUCCCCCCCAAAAAAAAUUUUUUUGCACAGCAUAGGGAAAUUUAACUCAAUGAAUUGUGUGUUGAAGACAACGGAGAAAAUAAAAAGGGGGAUAAGACAGAAGUGAUGAAGAGAAAAACCAAAUAGAGAGCGUUAAAGGAAAGCUAACUAUGAAUGCUGGAACUGUUCUCCAUGCAACUGUGAUUUUUCUUCUCUGUGCCGUUCUAUAAUCGGAGCAUCCAGCCAUGGUUUGCCUGUUGAUUUGUUCCAGCCUGCAGAAUGAAAACUGGAAUUUAACUGAAUACAAUUGUUAGUUGUAAGCUGAUGGUGGCUACUGGCCUUGCAGAACAAAAAAAGCCCAAGUGUGAAUUGACUGAAACCAAGCUGUGAUUAUAAUACUUUGCAAUUGAUGAUCAACUUUGAUGGGCCCUUGCAUUUUGGAUUUUUUCCAGAUAGUCUGCAAAUCCCAGCCUUAUUUAAUAUUCAUGAAUUUUGGCUUGCAAAUAGAGAUAAUGUGAAGUAAAAUACAAAAUGACAGUUUUUUAAAAGGACAUCUGGCAAGCAACCGGCAUGACAGUGAAAGCACACAAGCUGUUUUGAAAUCUCAUUCCGUAUUCGUGCCAUUUCUUGAUGCUUUGAAACUACUUUUAAAUCCUCUUGCAUUUUGAAGGCUGUUUGUAAGGUGUUUGUGUCCAAUGCUUCUGCUAUCAGAGGAACAAUUUUUCUCCCUUAGUUCUCACAGUGCAUCAGAAUUGAAUGUGUAGAUUGCAGUCGGUCUAAUCUCCUUUAGUAGAGAUAGUUAUCGUCUGCUCUAAACCUCCAAGAUAGGAAAACUUGAUUUUCUUGGAAAUUGAAAUCAAUCUCCUAAUACUGUCAUAACUGCCCUCAUGUGUCAGCUUGCUGGGAGUUUAUCUUCUGGAUUUGUUUUUAAUUUGACUGAGAAUAUACUAACCAAACAAUUAGUAAACUGAUAAACAGCCACUCAUUGGGAUGUACCGCUUUGCAUUUUUUUACUUUUUCUAUUGGGUUUCUGUUGAAGCUUUGAAAACAUUAAAUUAUUCCAUUUCGGAAGAAGGGGGGUCAAGAAAUGCCAUUGGCAACAUUAAUGAUGCACAACUGGAAUUACCUGAAAAAGGUAAAAAACCUAACUUCAGAGUACUGGAGAAUUCCGCUCCGCACCUACUGGAUGUUGAUCCAAACAGUGGACUGUUGUAUACUAAGCAGCGUAUUGACCGAGAGACUCUGUGCAAAAACAGUCCCAAAUGUGUUCUUUCUCUAGAGGUCUUUGCCAAUGAUAAAGAAAUAUGUAUGAUUAAGGUGGAGAUCCUUGACAUCAAUGAUAACUCACCUAAGUUUGCAUCUGACCAGAUCGAUAUUGAUAUUUCAGAAAAUGCCUCCCCAGGAACUAGAUUCCCAUUGACUACUGCACAAGAUACCGAUCUUGGCAAUAAUGGUUUGAAGACAUAUAGGAUGAGAGGGGAUAAUGGUUUAUUUUCUUUAGAUAUAAAAUCCAGGGGUGAUGGUACAAAAGUUCCAGAGUUAGUUAUUCAGAGAGCCCUAGACAGAGAAGAACAGUCACACCAUACUCUCAUUUUAACUGCCUUUGAUGGAGGUAUUCCUCCUAGGUCAGCAAAUCUUCAAAUUAACAUUAAAGUUAUUGAUGCCAAUGACAAUAGUCCUGUAUUUGAGGCAAAAUCUUACACUGUUGAAAUAGCGGAAAACUCCCCUAUAGGAAAAAUGAUAAUAGACCUUAAUGCCACAGAUGCAGAUGAGGGCACCAAUGCUGAUGUUAUCUAUUCGUUCAGUGGUUAUGCAUCUGACCAAGUAUGGGAGCUAUUUUCAAUUGACUCCAAAACGGGUGUUAUACAAGUCAAGGGUAACAUAGAUUAUGAAGAAAUUGAGAUGCUUGAAAUUGAUGUUCAGGCAGAAGAUGAAGGCCCCAAUCCAAUACCUGUGCAUUGUAAAGUGACUGUCCUUGUGACUGAUGUAAAUGAUAAUUUCCCCUCAAUAAGUUUUGUGUCCGUCAGACAAGGAGCAAUAAGUGAGGCCUCACCCCCUGGUACAGUUAUUGCUUUAGUGAGGGUGACAGACAAAGACUCAGGAAAAAAUGGACAAUUUCAGUGUUGGGUCUUAGGCAAUGUGCCAUUCAAGCUAGAAGAUAGUUAUGACAAUUUUUUCACAGUGGUAACAAGUAGACCCCUAGAUCGUGAAAUACAAGAUGAAUACAACAUAACUAUUAUUGCUAGAGAUAACGGUAACCCUUCUCUUGAUUCUACCAAUUCAUUCUCUGUGAAAAUUUUGGAUGAAAAUGACAAUCCUCCAUCUUUUUCUAAAAGUUUGUAUGCACUUCAAGUAUCUGCAAACAAUAUCCCAGGAGAAUACCUUGGCUCAGUCCUAGCACAAGAUCCAGACUUAGGGCAAAAUGGCACUGUAUCCUAUUCCAUCUUCCCAUCAUACAUUGAUGGUGUUUCCAUCUAUACAUAUGUCUCCAUCAGCGCUCGAAACGGUGCUAUUUAUGCUUUGAGAACUUUCUAUUACGAGUUGACCAAAUAUUUUGAGUUUAAAGUCAUCGCAAAAGAUUUAGGAUCGCCACAUUUAGAAAGCAAUGCCACUGUGAGAGUGUCUGUACUAGAUGUUAAUAACAACGCGCCAGUCAUUGUUUUGCCAACCUUACAGAAUGAUACUGCAGAGAUCUAUGUGCCCAGGAAUGUAGGAAUGGGAUACAUUGUAAGCACUGUAAGAGCUAUGGACAUUGAUUUUGGAGAAAGUGGGAGAGUAACUUAUGAAAUCAUUCAAGAAAGUAAGGAACACCUCUUCGAGAUAGAUUCGGUGACCGGCGAGAUAAGGCUCCUCAAUCCACAUUGGGAAGACAUUGCCCCAGUAGUAGAACUGAUCAUUAAGGUCACUGAUAAUGGGAAACCUUCACUUUCAACUGUGGCAAAGCUUAUCAUUAAAGCAAAUACAGACUGUCUAGGAUGCUAUGAAGAGGAAGGGAAUGUUAUAGGAGAACAGCGGGACUGGGACAUCUAUUUGCCUGUAUUGGUUGCUUUAAGUGCAAUUUCUAUAAUUCUUUUUGCUGCAAUGGUCACAAUAGUUGUCAAGUGUAAAAAGGAGAAUAAAGAAGUUGGCCCAUACAAUGGCAGGACUGCUUAUGCCUCCCAACCAAAACUAGGGAAAAUGAAAAAGAAGAAAAUCAACAAAAAUGAUAUUAUGCUGGUGCAGAGCGAAGUAGAAGAGAAAAAUGCCAUGAAUGUUGUCAGCUGUCCAUUACUAGUUACAUCUCCAAUGUACUUUGAUUCCAGUCAGUCCAGACUUCCUCUCAGUUCUUCUCAUUCGGGAGUGAUGUACCUUACUCCUUCUAAUAAUCAGACUGAGUCUCAAGGAAAUGUUGAGUGUCACAGUCAAAACAAUGAUACAGGACAACUCAAAACAUCAGCUGAGAACACAUCUACUUGGAUACCAUUAACAAAGACAGACAAUUUCCCUGCAGAGUCCAAUUACAUGGGAAGCCGACAACAGUUUGUUCAAAGUAGUUCAACCUUCAAAGACCCAGAAAGAGCAAGCUUAAGGGACAGUGGUCAUGGAGACAGUGAUCAAGCUGACAGUGAUCAAGACACUAACAAAGGUUCCUGCUGUGACAUGUCUGUAAGAGAAGCCCUUAAGAUGAAAACCACUUCAACUAAAUGCCAACCAUUGGAGCAGGAUCCCUGUUGUAAAACCCUGGAACGGUGUAAUGCUAAAUCUUUGUGUAAGACUGUCUGCACAGAGCAAGAGGAGUGUGUUAACUGUACAGAUGAAUGCAGAGUACUCGGCCAUUCUGACAGGUGUUGGAUGCCACAAUUUCCCACAACAAACCAGGUGGAAAAUGCAGAUUAUCGCACAAAUCUCUUUGUUCCAACUGUUGAAGCUCACGUUGAAACUGAGACUUAUGAAACUGUAAACCCUACUGGGAAAAAGACCUUUUGUACAUUUGGAAAAGACAAAAGAGAGCACACCAUUCUCAUUGCCAAUGUAAAACCAUAUUUAAAAGCCAAGCGUGCCCUGAGUCCUCUUCUGCAAGAGGUUCCUUCUGCAUCUAGCAGCCCAACCAAGACAUGCAUUGAGCCUUGUGCCUCAACUAAGGGACCAUUGAAUGGCUGUGAAAUAAAAUCAGGAGUCUUGGCAGAAACAACCAAUCAAUACCUGUCUUCUGAUAGUCAGUACAUAUCACCUAGUAAACAGACAAAGGACCCUCAGUACAUUGCAUCAGACCCCAUGGCUCAUGUAUUUGCUGAUGUGCACUCCAGAGUGAGCCGAGACUCAAGUGAAAUGGACGCUGUCUUAGACCACCUGGAGCAUUCAAAUCGCGAUCUGGGCCGAGAAUCUGUAGAUGCCGAGGAAGUUGUGAGAGAAAUUGAUAAGCUUUUACAAGACUGUCGAGGCAACGAACCGGUGGCUGUAAGAAAGUGAGAAGGGCUGAGAGGCUAUUAUGUUUGCCUUUGUCAAGUAACUACAGUUGUCCCUUGGAACAGCACAUUUGCAGGGGAGAUGGGAAAUGGAUGCUGCUCUGUGGCUCUAAGUGAACAUUUAAAGUGCCCCCAAAAUCCUGUAAUGUUUUUUUUUCCUUUUAUUCAGAUUACACUGGCUUUAUUUUGACAAAAAAAAAAUCUAUUGGACUAAGUCAAGAAAAAAUAUGUUGUAGUGAAUAUUGACAAUCUGUUGUACAAGGGAACAGAACUCGAAACUACUUGUGAAGUUGUGCAACUUCCUGUAGUUGUUGUGACUUUUCAUUUGCUGAGAUACAAAACCCAUUGAUUAACAGGGUUGACUAAUUUAUGUGUGGAUUUUAACCAAGCAUCACUAGCUUCUAAUUAAAGUCCUAACUAAUUUUUGCUGUAGUCCUAGCGGCACCAAACAUCAACACCCAUUUGUGGUCAACAUUUCUAUAUUAAAUGAACAACAUUCCAAAACAUUUCAGUACAACAUGUCCGUACCAUGACGUUCAUUUCCAUGCCACACAUAGUAAUAUAUAAAAAAAAUAUAUAGUCGAUUUAUUGUGUCCUGCACUAGCAUAAGCUAAUUCACUUUAUGUAAAAUGAAAAGUGUUGAAAAAAAAAAAGAAGAAUUUUAGUGUCCUACAAAAUGAUAUAGUACAUUCACACUGGAAUAUUUAUCUAGAGAGAAAAUUAUGUUUUUCAACCUCGAUUAGUUAAGAAAAGAAAAUAUUUUUACCAUUUAAAGGUAAACUGCUCAAAGGGCAACAUCAUUAUAAAAAAGAAAAAAAAAACAUAUUUUUUAAAUUAAUUUGUGGACACUAAAAUUUGCUCAGGAAAGUAAAUGUCCUAUUCAUGGAAGCAAAUAUCACGUCACCAUUUAAAUGUGCAAAUGUAAGAAGAUUUAAAUGUGUUUACAUCAAAAUGGCAUAUUUUUAUGAUUUCUUUGCAAUUUUAGUGCAUAUGAGCCAAAUCGUUGAGUGUAUAAGAGCUAUAUUGUGUAUUUUAUUAAAUUAAUAUAUAGUUGUGUUGCAAAAAAAAAAAAAAAAAGGAAAAAAAAUAUUUGGGCUUAUAUCGUAAAUGGCAAGUGUUGCCUCAGUAGCUGUCGAACUCUAUGAGUUUUUGUUUUCCUGUUUCCUCUUCCCCUGUGGAGUAUGGGAAGCAGCGCCUCAGAGCUAAGUCUCUUGUUACAUGUAUGGUCUUAAAACUGCAGUAGUACAUAAUCUGUUCAAAAUGUGUUCAAGUGGACUGUCAGAGCAAGGUGAGCAAGAAACAAACAUGUUCUUCAACCAUGCCAUUGUAAAAGUUUACAUUUAAGCCCAUAAGGGGAAACCAAAAAAAAAAAAAAAAAACAACAAAAUAUAAGCCUUAGCAACAUUUUUUUUCUUCUUCCCGUACUGGCACCUACUUUGGAUCAUAUCAAUAGCACCAAUUUUGGAUUAUAUAAAUAAAGCUACAGAUAAACUAGAGAUCUUUAUUUAAAGAUAUUCACACACAACUAAAACAUCUAUAGCCUUAUUUACUAAAGUGGUUAUAGAAGAUUGGGUCUGUUUUUUUUAUACCGGACACAGUUUUGUCCAUGGGCUAUAUCUGGCAUUGCAAAUCUUUUAUUCGAGUAAAUGGAUUUAAACUACAGUAUUGGGUGCAACCGAUGGCUAGAAGUCCCAAGAUACAGGAUAAAAGCUCAACUUUUUCUAAGCCAGGACAACCCCCCUUAAGUGUCUUUAAUGCAGACUUGACUCACUGCUGUUUGUUAAAGGACACACACACACACACACAUAUAUAUAUAUAUAUAUAUAUAUAUAUAUAUAUAUAUAUUUGAUUAUUAUGUUGUUGUUUAAUUCAAGAUCUUCACCAAAGCCCCAAUUAAAUAACCCCUGAUGUGUCAUGUUUACUAAGCAGCGCAAAUUCCAUGAGACAUGGCAAGAAUGCACAUGCUGUAAGGCUCUAUUUGGCAUUAGGAACUGUCUCAUGGAAAGGCCACACUUAGCAAAUAUGUGCCAUAACAACUUAGUAGGCCAAUACUAGGAUUUAUUUAUAAAUAUAUACUGUAUAUGUAAAAUCAUAUUCUUGUGUCCAGAGACAUUUCUAAAAGGUAUAAUUUUAAUAAGUGCACGUUUCUUUGUCUUUUUAAUACAUCUUUAUAAAAUAAAAAUAAAACGAAAAACAAAGGCAUAAAAAUACAAGAUUUUUAUACAUUCGAAAUGCACAGACACAUACUGAUCAAACAUGACUAUCCCCUGUGUAGAUUAUGUACAAUGUAUAAAAACAUCUUUCUGGAAACUGAGAAAAAGAAUGUGAAUAUGGGUUCCGAUCGAACAAGCUGGUGUUAUUAUGACCAUAUAAAGUCGCCUACAGGUUUAUUACUGGCAUUAUCAUAACUCUAUGUCAAACCAUUCCUUUGUACUAAUUAAAAGUCCGAACAUGUACUUGUGGGUCUGUAGUUGAGAAUCCCAUGUCUUUUCAUUCUCCAGGAAAUGUCUUGUGACAGAGGUUCAUUGUCAGUUGCCGACUGGCUGCAUUACAUUGUUAAUUGUAUCUCAUUUUCAUGGUACGAAGAGUACCAUCAACAACUGACUGUGUACAAAUGCUGCAUUGCUCUACAUUUUUUGGAUAAUUUAUGUACCUAAAUGUGUUGUCUAUGUGUUCUGCAAUGUUCCUAUCUGGCAGGAGGGUAAAGCUUGAUUUUGCUUAAUAGCUGAAAUUCCACAGUAAAAUCAAAUUAAUUUCU